GCGCUUGGCCGCUGCUUUCCGAGCUGCGCGCGAGAUCAACAACAUCAAGGAGUCGGAGCUCAAAGCAGAGCAUGACACCUUGGCCAAACGCUUCGCGAGCCGUGAGAGCCGCGAGGAAGAUGUCAAGCAGAUUACUGAUCAGCGCAAGCGCUUGCAGGCCGUCCGAGUUGUUUGA